AAUCAAGAGUGUCCCGCGUCGUCGGCUGCACUGCGCAUCCGUGUGCGUAACCGCGCCGCCCCGCUCGGUAGGAGUGUUCAGGUGAGUGUGUUGCAAGUGAAACACGCUACAUCAAUGAGCGUCAAACGCGAGAGGGGGUCGCUACGCAGUGCACCCGUCGGACAAUGGCCUCCAAAACUCAGGACGGAAGCAAAGGGGACACCGAACCGACACGGGACGGAGAAACGGACAGCAACGUCGUGAAGACGGGGAGUGGGGUGUGCACUCUGGAGAUGGAGAUGAACCGCAGCCUGGUCAGCGACUCCAAACAGAACCCGGGAGAAGUGUCCGUGCCGCUGUCCCUCCUGCGAGACAGAAAGUUGUUAUUGGAGGACCGAAAGCGCCUGUGCGCGUUGUCGUUGGGGACCGCUCUGCUCGGGAUACUGCUUAUGAUAAUCUACUACGAGAUAUGUCCCUACAUGUAUCAACCGGGCACAAACACUGCCUUAUUCAUCAACUGUUCCAUCAGCCUAUCAACUGGGUGUCUUCUGAUCUUCAUCAUACUUUUCCAUCAUAAGGACAUCAUGCUGUUUGUCAUUGACCAAAAACAGGUGGACUGGCGAAUUGCCAUGAGCAGCCACAGGGUUCUCGUGAUCACUGUGGAGCUGCUGGUCUGUGUCAUCCAUCCUGUUGGCUCCUAUUGGGAGGGCGGCCUCCAUGCCGACUCCUCUUCCUCACCUCCGCUCUGUAUUUACAAAAACCAAGGAGGGCCCCUGAUGAACAUGGAGUUGUUGUUAUCUGUGCUGAUGUUCCUUCGCUUGUACUUGGUGCACAGAGCCAUCCUUCUGCACAGCAAAGUGCUGCUUAGCCCCUCCUACAGGAGCAUCGGCUCGCUCAACAACACAAACUUCAACUUCCGCUUUGUAGUCAAGAUACUGAUGAUCAAAUACCCGGCACGCACGCUGCUGGUCUUCAUCCUCUUCUUCUGGGUUACUGCCUCCUGGAUGCUUACGUUGUGUGAGAGGCAAUACCAGGCAACGACAGGACACAUGCACACGGCUAUGUGGCUCAUAGCCGUCACCUUCCUCACCGUGGGCUAUGGUGAUGUGGUGCCCAACACCAGCUAUGGCAAAGCUGUGUGUCUUUUCACCGGAGUCACGCUAAAAAGAGGAAAACAGGGUGUAGCCUGCACUGCCAUGCUGGUGGCAGUCGUUACCAAGAUGCUGACUUUGAACAAAGGAGAGAAACAUCUGCACUUCUUCAUGCUGGACACCCAGAUCUCCAAUACAGUCCGGCACGCUGCUGCUAAUGUACUGAGGGAAUGCUGGCUCCUGCGCCGUACCAAGCCUGGGCAGCCAAAGGGCAACCGCGCUGACCAUCGAAGACACCAGAGAUGCCUUCUGGAUGCCAUCACAGUAUUCCGGCAUCAACGCCUGAAACAGAAAAUGCUGAACGAUCGUGUCAGUGAGAUGAAGGAGCUCCCUAAGAUGCAGAUGACCAUAUGCAACCUCAGUGACAAUUGGAAUAACUCCUAUAAAGAGCUGCAGCAGCGCAUCCUCUCUAUGGAGCAGAAGCUGGACGAGCUGAGUCGCUGUUUCCAACAAACCUCAGAGCUACUGUCUCAGGUCCUUUGUCCCCGCAACCCAGAAAGCAGGUGAUGUGGUUACAUUCAGUUGUUACUGAGACAGACAAUUAUCUGUUUUCAUCCACAGUAUUCAUGAGAGCGAGGCAUGGACUGCCUGGAAGUGCUCUUAACACUUAAUUCACGGAACCAAGGAUUCAAACAGGGAUUUUGAAGAGCCUUGUAAUCCACAUUGUCAAAAGCGCAGCUGUGUAGAUUGAACGCCAUUUUUAAAGUUUCAUGGAUUCACUCCAUCACUGCCUUAUUCUUGUGAUAUAAGAUUAAUAUUCUGAGAUGUUCAUUUUAUUUGAUAUUUCUUUCUAGUUAUUUGGUGUUAACCUAAUCAGUCUUAUCAGAGAAGCAGAC